GUUACAAAAGAGGAUCAACAAAGUGAUGUUACGCAGGGAGGAGACGCAAAUGAGCAGUAUCAACGAUCUGGUGCCGCAGGAGACGCAAGAGAGCAUGAUGGCGGACAAACAAAAGAGCAUGAUAGCCGAGACGCAGACGCACUGCAGUACUCUGCAGCACAAGUAGAUCAACAGAAGCAAGGAAGCAGUGCAACACAACGAGCAUUGGAUACAGAUGUUAUGCGUCAUUUGUUUCUUUGUGAGGAAUAUAUCAUAUCUUCUUCCUUCUUUCCCGUUUUUUAUAGUAUUUUUCGACCCUCCUAACAGGAAAAAGCCUGAAUUUCUUCCCUUCCCCACAACUGGUAGCCUCUAUACCUCAAGAAUAGGCACGUCAAUCAAUCAAUCAUUCUAACAUUUCUGCAGACCUCGACGAGGCCGUAGUUGUAAGCCGGCUUCGGGCGCUUCAAUUGCUGUGGCAUCUCAAAGGGUAUGCUCGGAGCGAGCGCAAGAGAGCACAGCGACGACCUAGGAUGCACUUUUCACGACUACUGCGGCACCUGAAGUCAAGAUCCAC